ACGGUGUGCCGGGGUACAGCGGUUCUAGCGCUUGCAAUUUCGUUCACCGGGGAUAGGAGUAAGAACCACGCAGUGGCGCCGACGGCCCUGUCAGUUAAGCCAAAUGUGACUACGGUGCCCAACUGGAAGACCAGCUGCGUGAUAGACUCAUUGCUGGCAUUCACCUGCUCGAAAUACAGCAGAAGCUGCUAUGCUGUCCGGAUCAGAAAUUUCAAACUAUUCGGAAAAUAUGUUGAGUUCAAAACCAGAGGUCAGUCUGUUAACGGCACUCCUACUGCUUCAAAUACUAAUGAAUUCUUUGUAGGUGAUCUUAUGGUAUCUGAACAAAACGUUGUAUCCGAAGAACGCAAUACAUGUGAAGAACCUGAAGUUUUCAUUCCGAGAAGAUCUGAAAGAUUGUGGUUAAGACCACCAUCCACAUGCUCAUUCAGGGUGUGCGGUAAUCCAUAUGCUGUACAUAUAUACGCCGAUUCGAAUACAUGCGUGCUACUUGUUGCGCUGGCCUGA